AUGAAAAGUCGAUCGUUGAUGCCUAAAAACCUCGCAGACAGAGUAUGUGGCCUUGAAUGUGCGAAGGACCAACAGCCGACCGUCGAAUUCGUUGGGCCAGUGAAGAUAGUUCUCGUCGAUCCUUCUAAAAAGGAAAACAGGAGAAAAUCGUGCGGGGCUGCGUUUAUUGCUUUGGCCAAUUUGAUGAUGGGUGCUUCUAACAUUACCAUUCUGUACUACACGCUCGGUUUCAAGUUAAAACUAUUUGUAAAUUUGCACAUUGUUUUGUGUACAAUUGGGUAUCAGUUAUGUUUCCCUUCGGCGAUAUUAUUGUUGAACAGCCUAAACGGUGCCAGCUCAGGGCUGAAGUUAAAACAAAGGAAGUUCCAGCAUUUGUUUCUGCAAUUAUUCGGACUUGGUUGUGGAGCGGCGGGUUCCGCUCUUGUUUUCUUGGAUCAUUUUAAAAUAUCGAAAUUUACAUUUCAUUCCAUUACAGGUGUUGCCUCCGGUGGUAUUGCAGUACUAGCAGUUUUAACUGGUUUGAUAAUUUAUUGUACCGGCAAAGGAACAGUCGAGGACGUAUGUAAGUUUUGCCACAUGUCGUAUGGAGUACUGUCUUUCAUAUUGUCUUCGGUUUGUUUCGUUUCGGGCUUGUUAAGACCGGUCUAUUCUAAAUGGGUGCCGUUGCCCGAAAUGUUGGCUUUCCCAAUAAUAUUUUGUGUAUUCGUUACUAUUGUUGUCGUUUUUGGACCGGUGUAUAAAGUUUUAAAGAAAAUGGAUUAUUUUUGA